AUGGCAUCAUUAAAUAAACUUCAGCAAGAUAAAGGCUGUCUUACUGAAGUUUUGCAUAGUUUUGGAUGGGUGUGCCAAGUUAUUAAAAGUAUUAUUAAUCAGGAUCUUAAAAAUUAUUUGCUAAUGAAAUUAAAAAAACGAUGGUUAGCCUGGAAGCAACCGUUGUUACUUUUGUCUUUUUUAUUACAUCUGAGUUAUCAUAAUACACAAUUUAACCAAAAUAUUGAUGGUCUUUCUUUUAUGCAUAUAGGAGAAUGGAUUGUACAUUAUUAUAAAUCUUGGUUUGGUAAACCUCCAUGUUCUAUUUUGCAUGAAUUGCAAUAUUAUGAAAGUGAAGAAUACCCAUUUGAUAAAGAAACUUUUGACCAAUAUGUAGAACAGUUAUUCUCUGCAAUAGGAUGGUAUCACUUAGAUCAUCGUAAUCGACUUCAGUAUAAAAAAGUCCUUGCUAUGAGCCAAAUAAGAUCAGAGCUUUUAUAUUUACAAAAUAUUGUGACGAUUGAUAAGUCAUUAAAAACAUAUAAACAAAAUAUUGCUAUUCCAUUUGAACAAAUAAGCCCUGAUAAUGACAACGAAGAGGAAUUUAUAUUAUCAGAUGAAAACACUGAUAAUAAUAAUAUUGAUACAGGAGAUACUAGGGAUAACGAUCAUAUAGAAACAGUUAAUUCAAGUUCAGAUGAAUCAGAAAGUUUAACCGACUUGUAUGAAGAAGAAGAUGAAGUAAUGCACCAAGAUUUUUUAAUUCAUUCUGCAGAUAAUUUGGAAGCAAAAUGGAAAUUGUCAGAUAUUUUUGCAGAUUCGUUAGUACAACCUGAUUCUAUCUAUUUGCUUUUGGGUGAUUAG